GAAUAGUGUCAUUUCCGGCAUUACCAUGUCAUUAUUAUUUUACUUUGAACUUUUUUAAGCACUUUUUACAUGUUUUUUAACAUGAUAUCUACUCAUAAUAUGUUUCUGGAAAAAAGUGUUCCUGAAUGUAAUAAAUGUAAUUUGGAUACUGUUUUCAAACGAUUCAAAUCUAUUGAAUUUCCAACAUCUUUCGUGGGAUUAUCCACGAUAAAAACGUUGGAUGUUGAAAUAGAUUUAUCAGUUUCAGCUUACUUAAAGACCAUGUAUAAUAAUAAACUAAUGAAAUUUGCUGAUGCUAGGGAAAUAUCUGCAUCUCACAGAGCUUUUAAUAUAUGCCUAAUGGAUGAUCAUACUUUGGCUAUAACAUUCAUGCCAACGAGUGAGUGUAUUUCAAAAGUUAAACACGAUAAACAUUUUGAAAACAGAUUUGUUUUCGACCUACGUUUAAUACAAGUAGAUGGAAAGCGUUGCUGUAAUAAUGAAUUGCACUCGGAAGUGGGACGAUACUAUAUCAGCGGAGAGUUUGAGUACUGUAACCUUUCUCAUGACCCAGAUGUUGUAAAUUUCGGAGAUGUCUCUGUGAGUGCUAAAAUUUCUAAACAUGUGCGUAUACGUAAUGAAUCUAAUGUAACGACAGCGAAAAUAACAUAUAUUAGAUCAACUGGUUUCGAAGUUGAACCACAGAGUUUCACGAUACCUCCAAAUUCAUCUAGGCGUAUAACUAUAGUAUUAAAGCCGACUUGUUUAUUGCUGCAGAAUAAAUUAACUUUCCAAGUCCGUAAUUGUCAUAGUAGCUAUAAAAUGGAGGAUGGACAGGAUAAUUUCUUAACUUAUAUGAUUGCCAUAGGUGCAAAAGUUACUUAUAAUAAUAUUUCAAAAGAUGUCACUGUGGAAUCUCUGCACAAAUUAAUAGAAAAGAACCCUAAAUAUACCUAUUUAAAUGAAGAGCUCCAGACACAUAUGAAAAGAAAAGAAAGAGCUCAAACAUAUUUAACUAUGUCUAAAAACGCACGUAGCAUAAAGCCAGUCGUUAAGAAAAUUAGUACGGUAAAAGACAAUUGCGCUAAUCUAAAUACUGUACAAUUAGAAAAACCAGUAUCGGACUUCUGUAAGCAUAUACUAAAAAAAAAAAUUCCUACAUUUGAACUGUUUGAUGUCUUAUUUUCACCUUUUACCAUAGAAUUUGGUCGUGUUGGGAUAAAUACAUACGGUGAUAAAGAACUCAGUGUAAAAAACAAUAGCAACUAUGAUAUUACCUUAAAAUUACUGAAAGAUGCCUGUAUUUUAUAUACUGAGGACAAACUUGAAAAACUGUCCUUAAAGUUAAAGUCAAAAACUGAAGUAAAAAUUACAAUAUUUUGCUUAGGCAUGUUUGAAGGAAACUACUACGGUACCUUUGAAUAUACCAUUGACAAUAAGUACUACCGAAAGCAUCCAUAUUUUCUUCAAGUAGGAAAUCCCACAUUAAUGGUUUCAGACAAGUGUUUAAGAUUUGGAAUGGUGACAUCAGAAAGCUUUGUGACGUCUGUACCUGUAAAAAUAUUUAAUAAUUUCAAUGUCGAUACUACAUUUGAAUGGAAUGAACUACAUGUAGAUGCACCAUUCAAAAUAAUUCCUAUUAAUGGAAUCAUACCAAAACACAGUUGCAGAAUAUGUGAUGUUCUCUAUAAUAGCAAACCCACCAAAUCAAAAACUCAUGAAGUUGAUUUAGUAACUGGAACAAAGAUGAAAAAAAUCAUUCCUCUCGAGUUAAGCGUGAUUACAAGGAAACUAUCAAUUAAGUUUUUACAAUCUGCGAUUAUUUUUAAAGAUAUAGCUUUAAAUAUUGAAACGAUUGAAAGAGUGAAAUUAGAAAAUUCAUCUCGGGAAAUAGCUCUGUUUUACGUGGUAGAACCUUUAAUACCAGGCUUUAGAAUAGAGCCUAUGACGGGAACGAUAAGACCAAAGAUGGUAAUAAGUUUUAAAAUAAUUGUCAAAAUUUCUUGCAUAUUGGAGUUUGCAUUUGAUAUUUAUGUGAAAAUCAACAACAAAGAAAAUCUUAUAUUACCAGUGAGUGGAAACGUAGUAGAACCUAAGUUAGUCAUCCACCCGAAAAAUAUUUACAUGCCACGUGUUCCGUGUAAUAUGAUCACGUUCAUUCCAGUAACAUUUCAAAACACUAGCACAUUGAAAAUCUUUAUUGAAGUAUUAGAUACGGGCGACGACAAUAUUUUUAACGUUUACAUUGCACAGGGAAAUGAAAAACAAAGAGUAUUUAAGUUUGAGAUAGAAGGUGGGCAAUCAAAAACAGUUUUUGUUAAAGUUUAUGAUAUAUUUCGACGAGAAUAUGAAAUGUAUAUGCCUUUUAAAAUCAAUGGAUUGCUUGGACCACCGAAUUCUGAUUCAUCGUCAACAGAGAUUCAAAGUUAUAUUGGAGAAUAUGAACGAACCUACGACAAUAAUCCUAAAGUUAAAUUAAAAACUGUAACUAAAGACAUAGCAUAUUGUCGUAUAACUGGUGUGAUAACAGUACCCUGGAUCGAAUUUUCAGAAGAAAAUUUUGAAAUAGAUCUCAAAACUAAUACUAGUAGCACUAUUAAUUUCUCCGUAAAAAAUGUGUCUAAGUAUUACUUGCAUGUGGCAAUACUGACUUCUAAAUUAGCUCCGAAUUUCUCAUUAGAUUUACAAAUAGAAGAGAAUUGCUCUCUUAUAAGUGAAUCCAGUAUAAGAUUAGAAUUAGACCGCCAGCAAGAAGUAUCGUUUACACUAAAAUUUCAUCCUAAGGGUCAUGGAAAAUUUGUAACCACGGCGUUGCUGUAUCUAGACAAACACAUGACUAUCCCUUAUUAUAAUCUUACUUUUACUGGAAAACGACAAACACCUGCUUUAACUCCUAGCACUAACAGAAUAGUCUUCCCUCCGUGUCAUAUUGGCAAUGAAUUGUCGCAAUCAAUAACAUUAAUUUUUGAAGACACUUCAGAUGAAGAAUGUUUUUCUUGCAUGGUUAAAGAUGAACCAAAACUAACUGUGAAAUUCGUUAAAUUUAAAAGUUUUGAGAACGAAAGAAAAUUACAAACAGAGGUUACUGUAGAAGUAAAGGUUUUUUGCGAAACAACUUACUCAAGAAAUUUAAUUAUAGCCUUCAACCAUUCUUGUGGAUCAGGCUGCGAAAUAGAAGUAUCCUUUUGUUUCACUUACUGCCAGUUAACAUUACAUGCCAGUUCUAUAGUGCAACCUCAAGAAAAUCCUUAUCCGUAUUUUCCUCUUGAAUCUCAAACCAAAUUUUAUGAUUACUUAGAAGUAAGUUCGAAAUUCUUAGAAAAAUGGAUGUUUCAACAAGGAUUCCGUAGAGAUUUGUAUCCCAUUAUACCUGACACAUUUCACGCUAUUUCUACCGCUAUUUCGUCACCAUCCUCAGCUACAAAAGGCAAAGGGAUAAAUGUAUCUUACUUGAAUUUUGUGAAAAGAAUUGCCGGCCCCCUAAUGAAACAUAUACGUAAAACAAUAGCACAUGAAGUCGACGAAUCUUUCAAAUGUGUUAAGGAAAUUCAUGAUACUUACCGAGAAAUAAUAAAUCUAUUAAGAUCACGAGGUGCUGAUUUAUGGGACCUGCAAGGAAAAUUUUUAUUAAGCUAUGAUCAAUUUGCAAUAUACACCGAAAAUGUGACCCCGAAAUGCAAUGCAGAUAUCAUAUUGAACAAAGAACUCCUGGCUGAUGUCAAUUUAUAUAAUAGACUGAACAAACAAAGUUGGAUAGAUUUUAUUUUACAAAGUUACAAAGUUUUCAUUAUGGAUAGUUGCUUUUUUGAAUGUGUAUGCGUCAGUUCCCAGUCUAGAGAUAUUAUCAAAAUUUUGAUUGACUGGUACAAUGAACAAAUAGCAUCACAGCACUAUCAAUUAAGAGGACACAGUAAACCUCGGAAAUUUAUAAAUAAUAUUACUACAGAUUUAUCCGAUGGCAUGGCAAUAGCGUCGGCUAUAUUAAAUUACUGUUCAUUUUUCAGCAGCCUAUUUUCGACUUUCUGUGAAGUUAAUGAAAAUGAUCGCGUUAGUGGAAUUAUAAAUAAUGCUUGUCUUAUUAUUGAAGCAAUGAACACGAUGAGGUUGUAUUUCCCACUACAAAGUAUUGAUUUUCUACAACCCAACUUUAUACAAAUGUUAUUUUUGUCAAUACAUUUAUAUGUAGUUCUUCCGAUGUUCAAGCCUAAAGAUAUUAUUAAAUUUAAUCCACCACUUCUGAGAAGCUCUACGCGACAUUUAGUAAUUUCUACAGCUACUCAAGAGUCAGUAAUAUUCAACUUUAUUAUAUUAAAUAAUUUGAGAAAUAGUUUCACAGUUGAAAAGGCACCUGCGGGGGAUAAUGGAAAAAAACUACUCCUUAACAUUAAAUUUCUGGCUAAUUACACUACUGAAGAUACGUGCAUUCUAUUAGUUCAUGGAUACAACAAAACCAGAAUAUUUGAUACAUACAUGAUAUUUCUGCUUAAAGGUUACAUUGGAUCAUUAAAUCCAGUUAAGAAAUGCAAAGUAACCGGACCGUUAUUUCGGCCCAAUAAAGUCGAUGUAUUAGUAUCUUCACCUUUCCUGCUACCCGCUACAUAUAGGCUUUUUUUAACAGAUAACGAACCUACUAUUCCUGUCAAUUUGGAGGACGAUCAUGGACCAAGAUUUUAUAUACGACGACUAAACCUUAUUGAUAAAGAGAUAAAUUUAUGUGGCCUACCAAAAGAAUCUGGGCAAGAUAUCAUAGAACAUAAAAUUUAUUUACAAAUAAUAUGUCUCAGUACACAGAUUGGCAACUCAUGGAUAUGGUUUAAAGGUGAAAUAGGUGAAUUUUUCAUUAAAGUGACGUCACAACCACGCUGGGAUUUGGCUAUUGACACAUUACAAGCUAGAGUGAGAUCCUGGCCAUUGGAUCCUUGUAGCUGUGGUGAAACCUGCGAAUGUUACAGAACUACUGUUCUAGUGAUACCGCAUCGUAACGAAUUGAUGCUGAAAUCUUUACGGUAUGCAUUACUCGAACAUGCUUCAGAUAUCAUGUUGCAGGUGUACGACCGACUGAUAGGCACCCCGACAGGGAAAAUUAUUCUUGGCAUGCUAUUAGCCGAAGGAGGAACGAAUAUGACUGAGAUCCAACAUAUCCUACAAAGCGAGACGGUGUACCGCAUCUCUUCGAGGGCGUUGCUUCCGCGAAUGGAGCGUGUGCGGCUGGCGCAACACUCGGACGAGGUGCUGGCGUUACCUAUCAUGGUACCAACUGACGACAAAUCCGAAAAAUAUUCCGUCACCUUCACUUCCGCGUGCGGCAUGGACAUAAGGACGUAUAGAGUAAUUUUCGUAGAAACCUCGGACGGAGACUAAACUUAAAAGUACCAAAUUAUUUGAUUUCAAGUUCGUGGCUUUGUGUUUGUUUUUAAAUUGGUUAGGUUAGAUUUAGUAUUUUCAUCAGCGGAUAAGAACAUUAUGUUUUUUUAAAUUGACUGAUAUAAUUUGAUAUUGAAGUAUCUACGAUGCUAAAAAGUUGUGUUAUGAAAUUUGCAAGUGCGUUACAGGAACACAGAAGUUUGCAUUAUUAUUUUAUCAUUGGUUUUUGUUGCAUCACAAGAUAAAAUUUAUGUGCCUAUCAUUUAGGUAUAAAAUUGAUUUCAAUGUCAAUAAUAUGCAGAAAAUGGACACACUAGGACGUAACAUAAUUUAUUAAUAACUUUAUAAAAAGUACACGUGGCAAGCCCCAAGGCUAUUUUAACCGUCUAUUGUCAAUUAUACGAAUCUGUUUCUGGUAUUUAAGAUACUUUUCUUUGUGCGGUGAUAGAGUUUUUGAUUCGCUUUAUUAUAAAUACAGACAGACCUUGCUUGUUGACUGUAGUUAACAGUGAUUCCAAACAUAACUAAGUUCUUAAAUAUGAACUAACGUCUUGAAAGAUUGCGUCCAAUCCAAUCGUUUAAUUUGAAAGAAAGCUCAGCGUCCAAGUGCCUUAUCAUCAGAGAACAACUAUCUAUACAAUUUAUUAAAGCAUUUGUUAACUCGUUAAUUUUGACUUCGUGUAUUUCUUUUCUCCCUAUAUAAAUUAUAACAUUCUAUAUUUUUUCAAUCUUUAAUUACUGUGUGCUUCAAUGUUCUGCUUCAGAAGAGCUGCUGUAAAAUAUAAUGGAAUCAAAAUAGGACAACCAUAUUUUUUCAAAAACCAUCGAAAUACUCAGUUAGGUACUGGGCUUUGCAACUUGCAAUCUCGCACGCAGAUAUAGACUGUACUUUUUUCUUCUAUAUGCAACGUAAAGUAACUAUUUUGUAUACGAAGCGAGAGCAACAGAUGAAAGACUUGUACACUGAGAGAGUCACGUGAUUACUUUGUGAUGUUAAUAGAAUGUUAUGCUUACAUAUAUUUUAUAUAGAUAAGAUAAAAUAAAAAAUAAAAUAAAAUAACAUCGAGUUACGUGUUUAGGAAAACUAUAAUAAAAUUAAAUAUCUAUGUUAUAGACCGCAGCACUAUCUUUAGCCUGGCUCAAAUCUUGAUUAAUGUUUUAGUGCACAGACUGGUUUUAUAUUAU